AGCUGCUGGAUGACGUGAGGAAGAUGUCUUUCGAGGGACAGAAAGAAUCAGUCUCAUCCCAGUGUGCUUUGUUCGUGUGCAACAAAUGGGACCAAGUUCCAGAGAAAGAAGUAAAAGAGGUCCAGCUUCAUGUGAUCAAGAAGCUGAAGAAGUGUUGGCCGGGUUUUGAUACCAAGUCACAGAUAAUCUAUAUGUCAACAAAAAACGCCAGUAUCGCUCAGAACUACGGAAUUAUUACUGAAGAUUUUUUUUCCCUGAUGAAUGGCAUGAGGUCGAUGGUUUUGAAAAGCAUUGAAGCGCGGCUGGAAAUGCACAGGAAAUGGCUGGAUUACUUUCUCUCUCGGAUAGUUUAUCAAGCAAAAGCUUUUGUGAUGAUCGCCUCCAGGGACCAGGACGAAGUCGCCCGCAAAUUGGCUUUGAUUAUCAUUCGUUUGAUGCGAAUUGAAGGAAAACAAACCGAAGUCAUGGACGAGCUUCAUAACUACUUGAAGGCUCGUGUCAGAGGUGCUGUCCAGGAGCUCGGCGAGUAUCUUAAGUCAGACGAUGUCAGAGCUCGCUUCACCUCGUGGGCCUUAAACGAGGUUCCAAAGGCAGAGAGCUCCUGGGAAGUGACUAAAAGCAACAUCGCGAAAGCGUUAAACAAUCGGCUGCGAGAAAUCAUCGAACUUUGGGAAGAAGAUAACCAAGUAUUUUCGGAUGCUCGCCAGUCCCUUUUACAACACUUUCAGCAAAAAUACAAUUUUGUUGAAGGGCAGCUGCGGAAUCUCCAGGGUGCUGUCACAGAUGAUGACGUCGACGUUCCAGAAAGUAUGCCAGCUGAUGAAGGCUUCACUAUAGCAGAAAAGGUUGUCAUCGGCGUCACUAGCCCAAUAUGGGUUCCUCUUACCCUAGUUGCACUGGUAAUUGGUGCCCCUGUGGUGGGAAUACUGUCGAUUAAAAGCAAGAUAGAAGAUAGAAGUAGGAUCAAGAAAUACGAAAGAGACAAAUGUGCUUUUAUGGCUGAAACAGCUGCAGACUACCUCGAUGAUGUUACAGACGAAAGCGUGCUCAAGGUGUUUGUGAAGGACCAACUGAAAGAAGCUAAGCUGUGUCUAAAGCAAAUUGAAGCCCGUAUUCCCGAGCUGAUCGAGGGUGACAAGAUGUUAUUUAAACAACUCCGUGAUGAAGGCCGUUCAAAGGAAGAGAUAAAGGAUUUGUACCAACCAGUCAUGGAUGAAGCUUCUGAUAUCAGGGGACAUCUGGCGGUAUUUGCAUUGAAAGAAAUCCGUGCCAUUGAAAUCAGCAGCAAGGAGUUAGACUGGAAAGAAGACAAGCCCUCCCGUCUUGGAUGUGGUGCAUUUGCCACUGUGUAUCAAGGGAAGAUGAGAAAGCAAGGGAAGGAGCAAACUGUAGCAUUAAAGGUUUGCAGCGACGUGCUUGAUUUCAAAAAUGCAAGCCUCAUCAUGGCGGAAGUAGAACUUUUGAGAAAAUUGGAGCAUCCCCACACUGUAAAGUUUUAUGGCACAUCCCUUCUCAAGAGCGCGAACACCACAAGAGUGAUCCUGGUAAUGGAAAAGUGCAAAGGAAACUUGAAGAGUCAGAUCUUCGAUCACCCAGAAGCAGCUCCAGCAAAAACCACGAAUCCUGCUGUCAUUAAAAAAGUAUAUCAAUGGGCGAAGGAGAUCACUGAAGCUCUUGCGUUCAUUCACAAUCAGGGAGUUGUCCACAGGGACCUCAAGCUAGAGAACAUCUUGCUAUCAGAGGAAAACUCAGUGAAGAUAACUGAUGUUGGCGUUUCUAAAGACGUAAAGGAUAUCACGGGUACUUUGGCGGGGAUCCCUGUGUACAUCGCACCGGAAGUGUUUCAUUCCAAGUUAUAUGACAGCAAAGCAGACAUCUACAGCUUUGGCAUAAUACUUUGGGAGAUGUGGUACGGGCGGCAGGCCUUUGCUAAAUUCAGGAGGCCGAUAACAGCUUUUUUUAGUCUGGUGGAUGAAGGCUACCGUCCGAAAGAUGUGGAAGGUGGAAUAAAGCCUCCAGGCCGCUUGAAACAAUUGAUGAGCCGGUGUUGGGAUGGAAAUCCAGAGCAACGCCCUUCUGCAGAGAUUUGUAAUCAAGAACUUACUAAACUGUCUCAGCAGGUUGUAUAAAUUUUGAUUUCGGUUUUGUAGGGUUUUUUAUAUUCGGAAGCACUGAAACAGCACUUUUAUCAAAAAUAAGUUAGAACAUUGAUUAGCCUUUGAUACUGAAGUAAGGUCGAUUGGCUUUCGAAAAAAGGGCGCAGGAUAGAUCUGUUUGGCCCACAAUCAAACAAGGUCAUCUUUAUCCAAUAGACUCUUUUAAAACAAGGCGGAAUAAUUUACUGUCUUAAUGUAUAUAAUUUAUCAGGAAGGUAUAGUUCCUGGGCAUUUUGGGUUUAUACAUCCCUCUCGUUUCGGUCUGGUGCAAUAAUCAGUGUGUUUUCGAGAAAAGAAGGGGCAGCUAGAUACGAACUUUAGUUUUGCACCACAUUUUCCAUUGACACAACGGAAUUUAGCUUGUGAUAUAGAGAUCGUUUGUCUUAAGCACAUAAAUUAGGCAGAAAAACUCUUUCAAACUGAAUAGCAAGUAUUUUUGCAAGUAGAGAUCAUUUAUGAACAAUAGGAAUAGAGGAAGAAAGUUGCAUUGUAAACAAUAUAUACUAAUAUAAAAUAAUGGUACCUUUCUGAG